GGCGCGGUCUGAGAAGUUUGGGAAUGAUUGAAGUUGGGGGCGGGGAAACUUCCAGUGGUUUAUCCGGCCACAGCUUGGUCUUUAAUUGAGUUAGGAGAGGAGUGGGGGCUGGAAGGGAGCCACGCCGGGAGAAAGGCGCUUUUGGUGACAACGUCUGGAUCAGGUUCCUCCCUACUCUUACUCCCGGGAGCACUGCAUGUGAGGUUCCACGGGAAGAGCAUUGGCUCCUCUGCCAUCUCCCACCACAAUGGCUGCUUUUGGACACACAUUUCCUUUCUAUGCUGGCCCCAAGCCAACCUUCCCAAUGGACACCACCCUGGCUGUCAUCAUUACUAUCUUUCUGACUGCACUGGUCACCUUUAUCAUCAUCCUGCCUGGCAUUCGGGGCAAGACGAGGCUGUUCUGGCUGCUGCGGGUGGUGACCAGCUUAUUCAUCGGGGCUGUGAUCCUGGCCGUGAAUUUCAGUUCUGAGUGGUCUGUGGGCCAGGUCAGCACCAACACAACAUACAAAGCCUUCAGUCCAGAGUGGAUCAGCGCCGACAUUGGGCUGCAGGUCGGGCUAGGAGGAGUCAACAUCACACUCACAGGGACCCCGGUGCAACAGCUAAAUGAGACCAUCAAUUACAAUGAGAAGUUCACCUGGCGCCUGGGUGAGAACUAUGCUGAGGAGUAUGCAAAGGCACUGGAGAAGGGGCUGCCAGAUCCUGUGCUCUACCUUGCUGAGAAGUUCACCCCUCGCAGCCCAUGUGGCCUGUACCAUCAGUACCGCCUGGCAGGACACUAUGCCUCAGCCAUGCUGUGGGUGGCAUUCCUUUGCUGGCUACUGGCCAAUGUGAUGCUGUCCAUGCCUGUGCUGGUCUAUGGUGGGCACAUGCUGCUGGCCACAGGCAUCUUCCAGCUGUUGGCCCUGCUCUUCUUCUCCACGGCCACAUCACUCACCCCACCCUGUCCCUUGCGCCUGGGCACUGCUGUGCUGCAUACUCACCAUGGGCCUGCAUUCUGGAUCACACUGACCACAGGACUGCUAUGCGUGCUGCUAGGCCUGGUCAUGGCAGUGGCCCACAGGAUGCAGCCCCACAGGCUGAAGGUUUUCUUCAACCAGAGUGCAGAGGAGGACCCCAAGCUGGAGUGGAGUCCUGAGGAAGGAGGGCUCCUGAGUCCCCGCUACAGGUCCACGGCAGAGAGUCCAGAGCCCCAGGGCAUUCCUCUGUCAGAGGAAGUCUCUGAUGUAUGCUGUAAAGAGGAGCACCCUGGAGAUACCAACUGUGCCUUAUAAUGCUCCUCUCUCCAGGCGGCUACCUGGAUUUCCCUCCUGGCUCCAGACCUCAUUGGUGCCCCACAAAAUCACAAAACUGCUCUCAGGGUGGGUUGUGUUAGAUCUCUAAGUAACCAUCUGCAGGUGGAGUGGGAAAAGAAGCCUCUAUCUAUUGAUGUUUUAAAAAAAAAUGAAACAAAAAGUCCUAAGAUGAUGAACAAUGUUGCUGUUGCCAUGGUAAGACCCAUCAGGGCAGCCUCUAUUUUUGCACAGCCUUUCCUGGAUGCUUUGCCUCUUCAAGGUGCCAUUAAUUGCAACCCAACUUCAUUCACAAGGAAUAUGUGGGGAGGGACGGGAGUUAUAGUGUCAUUCUCCUAGGAACCCCCUCACUCUCAGCACCUCUUUUAUUUUUCCUUUCUCCUUGUUUUCUGGGUCCCUUUUGUUCUUCUUUUACUUUCCUGGCUUGUGUGGCCUCUUGAUCUGCAUUGGAAAGAAGGGGCCAAACAUCUUAUCCCACUUCUAACAUUAACCAGUUGUACCACAUUCUUUUUGAGCUUCUGUUCUCAAAUAUGCUAAGGGUUUACCAAGGAGCUUAAACAAAAACAGUCCCAGGAUAUAUAUUUUUAAUGCUUUGCUGGCAUUUACUUUGACCCUUAGAUACCACCCCAAAAGAAACCAAUUGUAAGAGUCAGUGAAGAAACUCCAAACUCCUAUUCCUUCCCAGUCCAGAUGGGACGCAAAGGGUAAUCCAGGUGGGAGUGUGACCUACCUGGUUACUGAGACCUACAGCCCACCUUGGGCGGCUCAGGAAGACGCGGGUGCGGGUCAGUUCCCGUUCGGCUUCACUAGAGGGCGCCCCUCUCCCAAAACCUAUCGUAGGUUACUCUAGUUUCUCCAGCCGGGGAGAAUCCGCUUUCGCAGCAACGCAGAGUGCACAGUACUAAGUAGUCUCCAGCCCAACAAAGCCUUCCGAGGGCUUGUCCUCCAAGACCAUAGAGAAACCAUGCAUAUUAAUGAAGAAAGAGGUUUAAAAAAAAACUGAAAAAUAAGUUUAUUUACCACUCAUUCGGAGACGUCUUUCCUAGUGCAUACGGCACGUCCAAGGCCGCCUUCCUUUCUCUACGCACCACAACUCACAGCCCACACCCGGUGGGGCACUACCUCUCCGCAAGGUGCCAAGGUGGGUUAGGAGUCUGGAGUUGAGUUCCUUUCAUAGGUUAGUAGUAAUAUUUAAGUCUGGGGCCGCGAACUGCUUGCGCAGCGGAUUGCUGAGGAAGAGAGACGAGCCCCCUUUUUCCUGGCUACUGCAGUCCCUGACACUUUGAUCCAGAAAGAUGCGAAGAGUGUUGGGCCCAGCGUAGUGGAGAAUCACCACCGCCCCUCCGAGGAGUAGGCACAGGAUGCCUGAAAGAUGCGAACAGGAAAGAAAGUGGUGUGGGUGGGGAUGGGU